AUGCCCACGACAAGGCCAACUCACUAUAAGGCGCUGCUUCUGGGCAGCUCGGGCAGCGGAAAAACGGAGUUGGGCCACUUGCUGAGUGGCCGGCCACGCGAUGUUGACGAUCAGGAGCAGACGAAUGGGGUGCGCUGCUAUCGUUGUCGCCGACGAGCGCCACAGGAUGUGGAGCUGGCGCUGACCGAGGUUGGUGGCAAUGCGGACAUGCAACGUUUGUGGCCGCACUAUUAUGCCAGCACCCAUGCCCUCAUCUACUGCUUCAAUCUGGCCGCCGGCUAUGCCGAACUGCAGGCCUCCUUUGAGCUCCUGCAACGCUGUCUGAGGCACGAGGCUCUGCGUGGCAAGGCGGUGCUUCUGGUGGCCACGCGACUCUCUGAAGGCGUGCAGCUGUACGAUGUGGAGCACGCUUUUGGCCUGGAAGCGCUAGCGCGCAGCUGCGGCUGUCCCCUACACCUUUGCCACUUGGCCGAGAUCGCUGAUGCAACGGACGUGUGGCGCGGCAUGGAUUGGCUGCAACGGCAGCUGCUGCAGCAGUCGACAACGCUGCUGCAGCGCAUCAAGUACGAUGUCAACAUGCAGUCUUGGCAGCAACGCAGUCGCGCGAUCCUCUCCAGCGGCAAGUUGGCGCAGGUGCGUCGCCAGCGCUUUCGUCGGCAGCACAGAAAGGUAGGCUCGUGUCUUCUUCUUUUCUGGUAUUCUCAACUCUACUUAAUGUCUCAUGGGCUCUGCUCCACAGCUCUGGCCGCUGAUAUGGCAGAGGAAUCUGUAAUGGGCGUGCGUCUAAGCCGCAAAGGAGACGUUAUCUUCGGUUGGGACGUCGGAUUGGUGCCCGAGUGCAUCACAGGUGUGGAAAAGUGCGGAAAGAAUGAGCUUUGGUUUCUUGUCCGCUGGAAGGGCUGCCAAACCUUGGAGGCGGUGCCAGCCGAAAUCAUGAACAAGAAAUAUCCAGCGGUUGUGAUUGCGUUCUAUGAAAAGCAUGUUCGCCUACUUUGA